AGAGAGCCACAAGGCAACGACUUUCGGAAAACCACUUUGUUGUUCUUUUCUUACACACCUCUCUCUUCCCCUCUCUUGCGGUCAGUCUUCCCUGUCUCUAGAUUUUCUGAGUCAUGCUUGAUCCUUGUCGCAUCCCAUCUCAAGCACAAGCACCGGAAUUUGGAUCCUAAAAGAAAGAAAAAUCUCCAGCAAAUCAAAGGGUCUCCAUUGCCCGGUUGGGUCUAAAGAUCGUCGGAUCGAAAUCAUCGAGCUCGUGGGCGAUCAGCUCCCCCCCGUUCUUGUGAUGAUGAUCAUGGGUUUUUGGUAAAGGAGGGAGCUUUAUCUGCAGAGGAGGGUCUUGGGGUACAAUCAUUGAGUUCUUUGGUUAUUGUGAGUUAAUAGUCAGAGACUCCAUCAGAGAAAAUGUUAGGUGGGUAAACAAGAAAAAAGGGAACGAACCCCAACAAGAAAAAUUAAAUUAAAAAAAAUGAAAGUGUGAAAUUGACUGGUAGCUGAGGGAGAGGCAAAGCAGAGGAGACCAAAACCCUAGAAAGAUAGGAACUUUCCUUUCUUCCAUUUCUUAAUCCCUUUCACUCACCCUCACCCUUCUCCUCCUCUAUUGUAUUUUUUAUUCCUUUUUAUUUAUUUUUUAUUUAUUUUUGGUUUUCUUUGCCUUUCUUUUGGAGCCUUGUGGCGAAGUGGUGAGGAGGAGGAAGAAGAAGAAGAAGUCGACUUGUUUGGCUUUUCCUCCAUUUUUGUCCACUUAUAGGUUUGAAUCCGAGGAAAAGAAAGCCUUCUUUCGGGCCUUGAUAGAUUACACUGAUAGAUAUAAGCAUGCCUGCAGAAGUGGGCAACAGCUCCCCCACUGCCUCCGGUGAGGCCAGCGUCUCGUCCUCCGGCAACCAGCCCCCGCCUCCCCCACCCACCGCCAAGAAGAAGCGCAACCUCCCUGGAAUGCCCGAUCCAGAUGCAGAGGUGAUAGCUCUGUCUCCGAAGACCCUCUUGGCUACAAACCGGUUCGUUUGCGAAAUCUGCAAUAAGGGGUUUCAGCGGGAUCAGAACCUCCAGCUCCACCGGCGGGGCCACAAUCUCCCGUGGAAGCUGAGGCAGAGGUCGGGCAAGGAGGUGAAGAAGCGGGUCUACGUGUGCCCUGAGCUCACCUGCGUCCAUCACGACCCCUCCCGGGCUCUCGGGGACCUGACGGGGAUCAAGAAGCACUUUUGCAGGAAGCACGGAGAGAAGAAGUGGAAGUGCGAGAAGUGCUCAAAGAAGUAUGCGGUCCAGUCUGACUGGAAGGCCCAUUCAAAGAUCUGCGGCACACGGGAGUACAAGUGUGACUGCGGGACCUUGUUCUCAAGGAGGGACAGCUUUAUCACGCAUCGGGCCUUCUGUGAUGCUUUAGCAGAGGAGAGUGCAAAAGCUGAGACUCAGCCUCAGCCUCAGCCUCAGCCUCAGCCUUACCCUCCGGAUCAGGAUCCGCGUCUGACAAUGCCAUCUCCGGCCACUGAAAAACCUGAUUUAGAGCCUGAUCCGAAAGUCAAGAUCUCGGCUUCUCCUCCACCUCCUCCUCCAGCGGCAGUGCAGCCCUCAGCUACAGUGUUGUCCUCUAUAUUGGCUGAUCCUCCAGCUGCUGCUGAAUUGCCCGAAAACCACCCGCCUCAGGUUUUAGAAGAACAACCAGUUAGAACAAACCUUAUUGGAAGCUGCAGCAGCAGCAGCACAAGCUCUAGCAGUAAUGGGCAUACGGGCAAUAGCCUCAUUGCAGGCCUGUUUGCCCCCUCGACUAGCUCGGCAAGCUUACAUUCGCAACAGGCACCAGCCUUCACAGACUUGAUCCGGGCCAUGGCCCAGCCAGACGGGCCUAGUGAUCUUGGCCCUUCUCCCUCGCUCGAGCCCAUAUCCCUCUGUCUCUCGACCAAUCACGGCGGGUCAUCAUCCCUCUUCGGGGGGCCAGAGAGGAGGCAGUAUGCUCCUCCUCCACCGCCUCCGUCACAACCUGCCAUGUCGGCCACUGCUCUCCUCCAGAAGGCUGCCCAAAUGGGGGCCACUGCCACCAAUGCCUCCUUGCUUCGUGGUCUUGGGAUCGUCCCUUCUCAGCCGUCUUCUGGGGCGGCAGAAAAUAUCCAUUGGGCCUCCACAAGCAUGGAUUCGGAGAAUGCCUCAGUAGCUUCUGGGUUGGGCCUCGGCCUUCCAAGUGAUGGAAGUUCGGGAUUGAAGGAACUUAUGAUGGGGACCCCUUCAGUGUUCGGUCCAAGUAAAACUACCCUGGAUUUUCUCGGGCUGGGCAUGGCUGUGGGUGGCAGCCCUAAUGGCAGCUUAUCAGCCUUAAUCACCUCCAUUGGGGGAGGCCUCGACGUGGCAGCAACAGCAGCGCCCUUUGGAGGUGGUGACUUUUCAGGCAAGGAAAUGGGGAGGAGGUCGUGAAAAUUAUUAAAAGAAAAAAGAAAAAGUCAAUCUCAAGGGCCAUCAAAUCGGGUUUUUACGACCGAUUUGAAGGAAAUGCCCUUAUGAAGGUAUGCAAUUGGAGUAUUAAAUUUUUUGUGCUACCUCUGAUUAUUUCGUUAAAGAACAAUUCCUAGUUGCCCUUGAGCACCUCCACCGAGCGAUGGGUAAGUCGCAAAAACUAGAAGAUGAACCUGGUAGUCGAUGUUGUGUAUACCUGUACUCAGUUAGAUGUGUCAUUUGUAAUGUUUAUGGAUGUGGAUCCCGCUCGUAGAUUAUAUAUAUAGGAUGAUGUAUAAAAUUUUGCCAUUUGAUUUGUUGUAGUAGAAAAUUUGCUCCCUUCUGUUAUAAAAAUUAUUCCAUUCAAUAUGAA